AGUUUCUGCGGACUAGAACCAAUCUGCGCGCGCGUUUUGAUUUAGGGGCUGCAUGCAGCUGUGUAGUAUAUGUGUGUGUAUGUAAUGGCGCGCGCGUACCAGUUGAGUUGGCUUGAUUUGACCUUGCUUGGCUAGCGUAGCUGAGGGCCGGUGGGUCUUCUUCCAUCUGCAGGUAGUCCAGUUGACCUUGAUUAGGGUGACUGCGUUGCCACAAGCACAAGUCCAAGCUAGCUUAACUCCUGUGUUGAGCCGCUGUGCAUGUGAAUGAUGAUGGGUGAUGGCAUCUGUCAUUGGCGCGCUUCUACUUUGGGGUUUUUUUUUAUUUAUAUACUUAGCUCGGCAGUUUGCAAUGUUUAGCCCCGGUAGUACCUUAUUUCGUUCAUCACGCGCAAUAUUGACCCAGAUAACUCUCUGGCGCCGGCCGGUCCAACGCGUUCGUUCGGCUGGUGGAAUCCGGAUCGGGGGGGGGGGGAGUUCUCUGUACCGGGAUUACGGAUUUACGCCUCCCCGGGCAUUGCAUGUGCAUGUACAUGUACCAUGUCGGUCACUACGUCAUUACAUUACGGAUAUGCGUCGAUGCACAAAUUAUUGCUUUAUAUGUGAUCGGCCAGAUGUCUCUCAUGCAUGCGCGGCGCGCCUGGCCGCAGCUGCAUGGGUGUGUCUCUGGAUGAUUAUCUCCGCUUCUGGGCGCUCUCUCUCUGGUUUGUUCAAGUUGUGUUCCUCACAACAUUCACGUUCAAGUUUGUGCAUGGAAUUAACACGUUUUCUCCGACUCUGUGUGUGUGUGUGGUGUUGGGGGGUGUACCAAAAACCCCCUUAUAUUAACUUGGUUAACACGUGUCCGCUUAAUGUCUCUCCAUAGUAUAUACGCUUUCCCCUCGUUGGCGGAGCCAGCAUAAUAGCUAAAGUAAAGGGGGAGAAGAUUAGGAGAGUGUGUCGCAUGGGAUUCCAUACGGACUCAGCUGCCCAACUGUCGGGAUCCUUAGUACGAAUACCAGGAAGAUAGUAAAAGUCUUCUUCAACUCGGUCUUUCCCCUUCUCCUAUUACUAAUUAUCCACGCCACUUGCAUGCAUGGUUACACAUAUUGAGAAUCUCGUUCUUGUCCGAGUCCGUAACGGCUUACAUAGCUUACAUAGCUAGUAUGUACAACACAAGCCUGUUGCGUGUGCAUGCGCGGUGUGUUGUCAAGUGGAUCUACUAUAAUCUAAAUAACGCCACCAAGCUCGCGUAUCAAUAUGUGUAUGCAUGUUGUAUAUUAGAAUCCAUGUCC